CGCGUUCUAUACACUCAUAUGGGCCGCCAGCAAACCCUAGCAAAGUUCUUCGAUAUGCCCAAGUCUGUCAAAACCCCUCCUCCCCAACAAGCAAGUCUAAAGGAGAUGUGGGGUAAGAGGCCGAUUGUCACAAAGACUGAGGAAGAGGACGAGAAGCAGGACGCCAUGGACAUUGAACCAGGAAACAACAGCAAAGCGGGGAGCUCUAAACGUACGGGUGCCCUCACAAGACCAGGCAGGUCGCCCAAAUUAAAGAAACGCAAGAUUGUUCAAUCUAAUGAUGAGCAGGAGGAGCAACCGAAGCGCUCAACUACAGCUGUUGUGGUUGAAUCCGGCAAACCAACAUCGGAUGAUCCAGCGACGUUCUCAUCCCAGUCUUUGAAGAGGAAACAGAAGGAGAGCGUGGACGCAGUGGAAGACAUGGAUGCCGCGGCAAGUGCGGGAGAGGGCGAGGAGGAGGUUGAGAAUGAUGACAGCGAUAUGGAAGUCGAUGAUGGCGUCGUGUCGGUCAGUGCUCAGGCCGCUUUGCGGAGGAAAGGAGAAGUCGACGUCAAAGGUGGUUGGAAAGUGGGGGAACCGGUGCUAUAUGCAGCACUAACCAAAGCCUUCUCACUCAUUGAGGCCACUACGAAGCGGCUAGAAAAAACCGCCAUAUUGACAUCUUUCCUCCUCCUCGUAAUACAGAGAAGCGCAAAGGCUGACCACAACUCUCUUCUACAAGCGGUCUAUCUUUGUAUCAACAGAUUGAGUCCAGAUUAUGUUGGUGUUGAGCUGGGUAUCGGGGAAAGCCUCCUCAUCAAAGCUAUCGCAGAGUCGACGGGCCGUAGCCUUUCCCUUAUUAAAGCAGACCUGAAGCGAGAGGGUGAUCUGGGACUAGUGGCCAUGAACUCCAAAAACAGCCAAAAGACGCUAUUCAAACCCAAACCAUUGACUUUGCCAUUUGUGUUUUCAAAUCUCCGAGAUAUCGCGCUAACUACUGGCAAUUCGUCGCAAGCAAAGAAGGUGUCCGUCAUCACCAAGCUUUUGGCUGCAUGUCAAGACUUUGAAGCAAAAUACAUUGUUCGAAGCUUGGAGGGCAAGCUGCGCAUAGGCAAUGCUGAGAGAUCGGUGCUCGUAGCCCUAGCUCAAGCUGUGGUCCUGGCAGAGAAAGAAAAAGUUGGGAAGAAGUGGAGUCAAGAAAAACUCACAGCUCGACUCGAAGAAGGCGCCAACAUAAUCAAAGCUGUUUACAGCGAGCUUCCAUCCUACGACAAAGUCAUCCCAGCUUUGCUCGAAGUUGGAAUCGAUGGUUUACGGGAUAAAUGUAAGCUUACUCCUGGUGUACCCCUGAAGCCCAUGCUCGCCAAACCCACAAAAGCGAUUGGAGAGGUGCUCGAUCGCUUUGAAAAUAAACGAUUCACCUGCGAAUAUAAAUAUGAUGGUGAACGAGCGCAGGUGCAUAAACUGGAAGACGGGACUGUUGAUGUCUUUAGCAGAAAUUCAGAAGAUAUGAGCAAAAAGUAUCCGGACCUUGUUGAUCAACUCCCAAGGUGUAUCAAAGAGUCAACGAAGUCCUUCGUGUUGGACGCAGAAGCCGUUGCUAUCGAUCGCUUAACAGGGAAAUUGAUGCCAUUCCAAGAACUAAGCCGGCGUAAGCGUAAAGAUGUCAAGGUUGAGGAUAUUCAAGUUCAAGUCUGUCUCUUUGCUUUCGACCUCCUUUACCUCAACGGCGAGCCGUUACUGCAAAGACCACUGUACGAGCGACGAGAACUGCUAAGGCAAUAUUUCACCCCCGUACCGGGGGAAUUUGAUUUUGCGAAGUCUUCGGACAGCGAAACCACUGAGGAAAUUCAGACAUUCUUGGAAGAAAGUGUCAAGGAUGGCUGCGAAGGGUUGAUGGUGAAGAUGCUGGACAGCGACGCCAGCUAUUACGAACCCAGUCGAAGAAGUGUCAACUGGCUGAAGUUGAAAAAGGAUUAUCUCGCAGGAGUCGGAGACUCGCUCGAUCUGGUGGUGGUCGGGGGCUACUACGGGAAAGGGAAAAGGACCAACGUCUACGGCGCGUUCCUUCUUGCAUGCUAUGACAGUGAGUCGGAAGAAUACCAAACGAUUUGCAAAAUCGGCACCGGCUUUAGUGAAGAAAACCUUCAAGCACAUUACGAUGCACUCAAACCAUUGGAAACGACGAAAGUUCGGGGUGACAUAAAAGUCGGCGGAGCAAAGCCGGAUAUUUGGUUUGAGCCCAAAAUCGUUUGGGAGGUUCUGACGGCUGAUCUCAGCCUGAGUCCCAUUUACACUGCUGCUCAAGGACUGGUCGAGGAUCGGGGUAUUUCACUGCGAUUCCCGCGUUUUAUUCGGGUACGCGACGACAAAGGUCCCGACGACGCGACUGGACCUGAGCAGAUCGCGGAAAUGUAUGAGCGGCAAGCACUAGCUCAAAGUAACGGUAAGAAGAAGAAAGGUGGCGACGCUGACGAUGGAUUCUGGUGA